AUGUUCACCGUAAGUCAAGCCUCUCAUUCAAUCUUCAUCUCCUCGGCUAUCGUAGAACUAAUCGGCUUCUCUCCCCACAACAAGACACGCCACCCGCAAGACAUCUACACCUACCCACGUCCCGACCCACGAACGGGGCGACUCCACCGCGCGCGGUCCGCCCUCCUCACCGAUCCCGAACUCGUCGAGCUCCGCGCCGCCCAACGCACCUUUGAAGGCGCCUACAUCCGCACCUCGCUCUCACAGUUCAGCUUCGCUUUGGUGGUCUUGAAGAUCUUCACUGCGGAGUUCUAUAGUAUCGGAGCCUUGUUUGCAGUUUAUGGGGCGGGUGUGUUGGCGGUGGGUGGUUAUCGGAGGAGGGAGGGGAACAGACAGUUUUUUGUGGUUAUCAAGGAGGAGAGGAAGAGGGGGCCCGAUGAUGGUGUUGGGGUGUUGGGAGAGCAGCAAGAAGAGCAUGAAGGAGAGGUUGGCACUUUGCAGACCGAGAAGCGGUUUCGGACCAGUGGGAACGUGGUUGUGGUGCUGACGAUUCUGAGUGUUAUGGCGUAUGCGACGUUGUUAGUGCUGACGCUGAGGCUGGGAGACACGGAGUGA